AUGUCAUCACCAGGUGCUGAACUAAAGGCGGGCCUUAAAGAGUUGGGUGGCACCAGUGGAGCCUCCUCCCUUGGGCUGCAGCUCCAAACUUUGGUCCAUAGUUCUGACCUGCUCCUCAAGAUUCAAAGAACUCCAAAAAGAACAGUGCACUUGAGCAGGAGGAGCCACACGUCUGCUUACAUAGACAGCUGUUUGGACAUCAAUGAUUUAGUUGAGAUGAGCAGCGGCGGCACACAUCUACAGCCUCACUGCCAAACUCUUACUGUAGACGAUGAAGAGGAGUCGGAGGACGAAGAGCCCAAGUUCUGUGGGGUGUGUGGGGACCAGGCCAAAGGCUACCACUUCAACGCUCUGACCUGUGAAGGCUGCAAAGGCUUCUUCAGACGUGCCAUAAAGAGGUCGUCGCCGCUUCAGUGUUUGUUCCUGAAUAAAUGUGUUAUAACCAAGAACAACCGCCGGUCAUGUCAGGCUUGUCGAUUCCAAAAGUGUCAGGCCAUUGGGAUGCGCAAAGAAAUGGUCAUGUCUGCGGAGGAAGUGUUGGAGAGGAGGAUCAAAAUCAAGAGGAGGAAAAUGAGAGUUGCAUCUUCGCAGCUCUCACCGCAACAAGAGAAAGAGAUUGAGGAACUGUUAACAGCCCACCGCAAAACUUUUGAUCUAGAUUUCUCACGUUUCAGAGGCUUCCGGCCAAUAGGCAGAUCAAUUAAUUUUCCGAGCGACUUGGAGGAGUACAUGAACGAGUCUUGUGAGCCGCUGUGCAGUCACGCCGAAGACUUCUGUGCUGUUGCCGAGACAUCUUCGUAUGAUUUCUUUUUACCCUGUUUAUCUCCAUCCUCGCCUCCCAGCCUCUACAUGCAGCUGGAGACAGAGCAAAACACACAAUCUGACCAGAAAAUCACUAUUUUUACGUCACUCCCACACUUUUCGGAUCUUGUGACGUACAUGAUCCAUGACAUCAUCAGGUUCUCCAAAAGUCUACAGGUUUUCAGAUCCUUGAACAUGGAGGACCAGAUCACGCUGCUGAAGGGCGCCACGUUUGACAUCAUGCAACUUCGCUUCAACAUGGUGUUUGAUGCCAAAACAUGUUUGUGGGAAUGUGGACCCAUUUCCUACUUUAAAGACGACGUCAUACGAGCGGGGUUCCAGCCGUUCUUGGUGGAUAAAGUGGUCAAAUUUCACAAAACCCUUCGAAAUCUGGGUUUAACAGAGGAAGAAUAUGUGAUUGCGCAGGGCAUCUCGCUGUUUUCUCCAGAUCGACCAGGGGUUCAGCAGCGGGACUUGAUUGACCAACAACAAGAAACUCUGGCCCUGGCGCUAAAAACCUACAUAGACAGCAAAAGAAGUGAUCCAGGGAAGCACUUGCUCUUCCCCAAAGUCCUGGCCUGUUUGACCGAGAUGAGAACCAUGACAGAAGAGUACAGCAAACAAGUUCUGCAGAUUCAGGAUAUUCAGCCGGACGACAUCUCUCCUCUCAUUAUGGAGGUGAUCAGUGACUCUUGA